CUCUCUUACAUGUUCGGUCAUUUGCUUACUUCUUCUCCUCUUCAUAACAUGUGUUUCUGCAACACCUUCCAUGCCGAGUCUCAGUGUUCUUGGAAUAACCAAGCAGAGUCAUCGCAGACUCACCCCAUUUUCUUUUCCCUCAAGAGACUUCAACACGUAUUUCUAUACACAGAAGCUUGACCACUUCAACUACAGGGCUGAAAGUCAAGCUACCUUCCAACAGAAAUAUGUGAUCAAUUCUAAGUUCUGGGGUGGUGCAAAUUCCAGUGCUCCAAUCUUCGUUUACCUUGGAGCCAACGCACCUUUGGAUGAUCAAAUCCGCAGGAUUGGCUUCAUGACGGAUAAUGCUCCUCAGUUCAAUGCUCUUUUGGUGUAUAUAGAGCACCGGUUCUAUGGACAAUCAACUCCAUUUGGGUCGAGUGAGGAAGCGUAUCAAAAUGACAGAACUCUUGACUAUUUGAAUUUGUCUCAAACUCUAGAGGAUUAUGCUGAGGUGAUUCUAGAUAUAAAGAAAAACUUAUCUGCAAACAAUAGUACUCCUGUGAUUGUUAUUGGAGGAUCUUAUGGUGGAGUGCUUGCUACUUUGUUUCGCCUGAGAUACCCUUAUAUAGCCCUUGGAGCACUAGCAUCUUCUGCUCCAAUUCUGUACUUAGAUGGCCUCAAGCCACAACUACAAGAUGGAUAUUUCUCCAUUGUUUCCAAGGAUUUCAGAGAAGCCAGUGAGAGCUGCUACAACACCAUACAACAGUCAUGGUCUGAAAUUGAUAAGAUUGCUUCCCAAGAAGAUGGUCUUUCAGUACUAAGCAGAAGAUUCAAUACUUGCACCCCAUUAGAGAACUCUUCCUGGCUCAAGGAUGCCUUGAAACUGGUAUAUGCUGCAGCAGCCCAAUAUGAUGCACCUCAAAUAAAUCAAGCUGUUAACUUGAUUUGCACUGCCAUCGAUAGAGCAACCAACGGAACGGAUGUUCUUGAUAAGGUCAUCGCAGCUAUGUUUGCUUUCUUUAGUAAGUACCCAGGCCCACAUGAAUACUGUGAUGAGAUGCAUCAGUGGGCUUGGAACUGGCAGAUUUGUACUGAGAUUUUGAUCCCCACCGGAAUCAGUGGCACUGAUACUAUGUUCCAGGCCGAACCUUUCAAUCUAACCAGCUACAAGGAAACUUGCAAAGGCUUAUAUGAUCUCAGACUUAUGCCUGAACCUUUCUGGAUCACAAGUCAAUUUGGUGGACAACAACAGGAUGUUAAGUUGGUUCUUGGGAGGUUUGGUAGCAACAUAAUAUUCUCAAAUGGACUUAGAGACCCAUUUAGCGCUGGAGGCGUGUUGGAAAGCUUAUCAGACAGCCUUGUAGCUCUUCCUACGGCUAAAGGAUCCCACUGCUUGGAUAUCUAUGCUGCAUUACCAAAUGACCCAGACUGGUUAAUCGUGCAACGGCGCAGUGAGCUUAAAAUCAUCAGCCAAUGGAUUGCACAAUACCAUAUGGAUCGUGCUGCAAAUAUUUCAUAUAUAUAAAGCAUAUAUAUUUAAGCGCUCAUAACUUUGAUAAUGGAUAUGGCACUUAAAAGGAAUUAAUGAUGAAAUAGCUGGGCCCAUUGAGUUGGGACAAGGCUUAGGUGAUGAUGAUGAUGAUAAUGAAAAUGCCACCCCUGUUAGAGGCAUUAUAAUGUUUCAAACUGAUUAAGGCAUGUAGAAAGUUAUGUAAUAAUUUCUCUACUG